UCUAAUUAUAAAUGCCAAUAAAAUUAAAAAUAUAAGGACAAUCGAUAAGUGUAGAUGAAAGAUUUGCUAAUGUGAGUAAUUUUUUGAAAGAGGCUUGGCAACCAGAUUUAGAUGAAGUAAAUAUUUGUAUAAAGUAUUAGGAAUUGAUUUUAUCAGAAACUUAAGUAACAUUAAGAGCUUUCGAGGCCUUAAAAAGUUAUUAUGAAUUCAAUAGUUUUGAGCCUUAAAUCAUUGAUGCUAUUUGUAUAUAUUUCUUAUUAUUAUAUUAGCUAAUGAUCCAAAUACAUGCUUUUUAAAUGAAUUUAAUAGAGAAUUAAUAAUGAAAUAUAAUGUAUUUGAGGGAAAUGAAUUGUAAGAAUUAAUACAAGCUGCCAUUUAUUUAUAGACUGUUGCAUUUAAAAGUAUGAUAAUUUAUUUUAUCAGAGAAUUAUGUUUAGCUAGGAUUGCUAUAGAAUUUUAUAUUAAUAAAUAAGAACCAAAUAAAUCAUUUAAUGAAUUAAAAAAUAGAUUUAAUUUGAAAAAUACAGCACUUACUUUAGGUGAUGUUGAAAGAUUUAAGUAAGUUUAUCCAACAAUCGUGAAUAAAUAUAAUUGAUUCAUAUAAAGGAAC